AUGGACUACGACAAGAGCGUACAGGAGUCGAAGCUCCCUGCUUCCAGCGACCACGACGCCGACCACGAACGAGAUUCAGCCGUCUACUCCGGUCCCCUUGCUGAAGUCCCCAAAAGCCGAUGGGAGCGCUCGUGGCCCGUUAUCGCUUGCGGAGCAGGUUUGUUCUCUGAUGGCUAUCUCAACGGCGUUAUCGGGUCGGUAUCGACCAUGCUCCAGCUCAUCUAUGGCAAGCAGUAUACUGCUUCGUCGUAUAGGAGUGCUGUUCCUAGCAUCGCGUUUGCCGGCACAGUGGUUGGACAUCUCUUCUUUGGAGUUUUGAGUGACCAUUGGUCUCGGCGCAACACGCUGCUCAUCUCAACGAUCAUCCUCAUCCUGUUCUCGAUCUUGUGCGCCGGCGCGUAUGGUGCAGGCGGGAGCACGCAAGGUCUCUUCGCGGCGCUCUCAGCCUACCGGUUCCUGAUCGGUCUAGGUAUCGGAGGAGAAUACCCUGCUGGAUCAGUCGGCGCCGCGGAAUCCACCGGAGAGCUGAAGAAGGGCCACCGCAACCGGUGGUUCAUUCUGGCCACAGACUUUCAAAUCGACCUGGGGUUCGUCGUUAGCGCAUUCGUUCCCAUGAUCGUCGUGCUUGCCACGGGCGAAAACCAUUUGCGUGCAGCGUGGAGGAUUUGCCUCGCAUUGGGUGCCAUCCCGCCUUUGAGUCUCAUCUAUCUUCGAGUCAAGCUCCAGGAACCAGAACAAUACAAUCGCAAUAAAAUGCACAAGUUCCCCGUCUGGUUGAUCGUCAAGUUUUACUGGUGGAGAUGUACCGUGAUCUCGAUCAUCUGGUUCGUCUACAACUUCUCCGCCUACUCAUUCGGCAUCUUCGCGUCCUCGUGGCUCGUGUUCAUCCUUCCCAACGACGCUCCCCUCUGGAAGUCCUUCGGCAUGGCCACUGCGAUCAACAGCUUCUGGCUCCCCGGAGCCCUCAUCGGCGCUUUCCUCGCCGACUGGAUCGGCCCCAAAUGGUGUCUCAUCGCCGGCGUCUCCCUGCAAGGUAUUGUCGGUUUUGCCAUGACGGGCGCAUACGGCGAGCUGAACCAGCCGUCCCGCGUCGCGGGCUUCAUCAUCCUGACCGGCAUCUUCAUGGCCCUCGGCGAGGUCGGCCCAGGCGACAACAUCGGUCUCUUCGCCUCUAAGCUUUCCUCGACGCCGAUCCGCGGUCAGUUCUACGGCGUUGCCGCCGCGUGGGGCAAAGUCGGUGCUUUCGUUGGCACGUACGUUUUCCCGCUGUUGAUCGAUGCCGCCGGCGACGACCCCGUUAAGCAGGGCCAAUAUCCCUUCUGGGUCAGUAGUAGCUUGUGUAUCUUCAGCGCCGUUGUAGCCUAUUUUGGCCUACCGACCGUGGGGCAGGAUAUGAUAGAGCAAGAGGACGAGAGGUUCAAGCGGUAUUUGGAACAGCACGGGUAUGAUACGAGCAUGUUGGGCACCAAGAAGUUCAGGGAGGAGGCCGUGUCGGCUAUUUAA